CUUAUUUUAAAAAGUAAAAAUGCAUUUUUAUAAAUAUCCACCUGAUUGUGUAUCAACAUCUACAAUAUUUGUAUCUAUAGAUAUGUUACAUUUUAGUUUUACAUAAAAUAACAACUUAAUAUUAAACAAUAGACAUGUUAUUUUUCUCGUAACUAUUAUAUCGUAAUACCGUCGUAAAGUCAAUGAACGCAAUCAAUUCUGUUUAGAAAAUAUAUUAUAUUGAACACUUUUUAUUGUGAAAGGAUAAUAACAUAAUGGCUCAACCAGUGCAGCAGCCUAUUGAAGAGAAAAUUAACGAGGAUUUUUUAUUCUUUUUAGAACAUUUUAAAGCAGCAUUUGAUUCGUUAAAAUCCGAAAGUGAAAAAGAAAUAUGCAAAAAAUGGCUACACAAACUCGCAAUCGAACCGUAUAAAAAUACAAAAGAAAAACAAGCACGUAAUAUAUAUUUGUCACAACUUAUUUUAAGUAUGAACAACCGUAAGAUAACCACUCCGUUUAACGAAGCCCCAAAACCGGGCCCGCUGUCAUUAGACGGCGUAUUUCCAGAAAUAACUACAAAAGCCAGCCUGGAAGUCGAAAAAGAAAAAGAAAUGAAUGAAAACAAAGAGAAAUGGACGAAAUUCGUAAAAAAUCGAGAAUUGGAAAUGGUCGACAUGAAUCAUUUGUCGAACGAUGGGCGUACUUACAUAGCGUGUAAGAAUUUACCUGAAAAUUCCGGAUUGUUUGCAUAUGUUGCCGUUACAGUGGGUGGAAAUUCGGGCUGUUGGGUUAAUUCAUGUGGUCGACCAAUCCCAACACCUGAAGUGAAGCCGAUAGAUUUAAAAGUGGAAUCGGCUAACACACCGAAAAGUAACUGUGAACAAGAGGACAAAGUGUAUCAACUGACGGGCGAAGUUCGAACAAUUUUAUCAAAUCGAAGGUCGCAAGAAUCUCGAAAGCUAACUUAUGAAUUUUUCAAAAAAUUACAUAAUAAUAUUGAACAGGAAAUGUUGUCUGAAGAAGAUCCUAACAGUACUGCUUGCCACGAUCCAUACAUCGAAAAGCUACUUGAAAAACUAAUAGCCGAAAGCAAAGGGUGUGAUAACUACAAUCCACACUUAUUCAAACGCAUAAAAAUGCUUUCGAUGUUGAAAAAAAGAGUGAAGAAUAUAUUACAAGAAAUCGAAGAACGUGACAAAAAACUUCAAAAACUUGUAAUAUCUUCGACUUCCCCGAUGUUAUUUCUUCUCAGCCCGGCCUCCACCUGUUCAAAUUCCAUGACCGAAAUGAUGUGGCAAGGUGCAUUAAUGGAAAAACCCACCAGCAAGAUGGCCGAAACGUUAGCUAAGACGUAUCCUGUCUGUCUGAUUAAAAUGUUGUUGGCUCUGUUGGCACGAGAACGUCGAAAAAUCAUUAAUCAGCUGCAGGAAAAGCAAGAAAAACUGGUAACUUCCGUAAAGAAAGAUCUUUACAACGAAAUCAAAAGAGGCAUAAUGGCUUACAAGGUGGCCAGAAAUGAAUGGGUGGACGUGAUGCGAGUCGUGAUGCAUUACAACAAGAUAAAAGAAAGUCUGACCGAAAAAGACCUCGGGGGCAGUUCGAACAGUACCAAAAGCGAUUAUCUUCAGGAGACGAUUAUCAAGGAAAUCGAAGAUACCAUGAAGCGACUGGACAAAGGCAAUAAGAAAAACGAGAAGCUGCAAGACGACAUUUGCGAGUUGAACAAGAGCAUUCACGUUAUAACAGAAAAAAUAGAGCUCGAACAAGUGCAAGCCGAAGACCAAUUGCGUGAUUUUCAAAACGAAAUAUGCACUGAAAAAAGUUUGAUUAUGAAUCGAGCCCAGACUAUUGAGAAAUUAGAAAAAAUGGUAAAAGCUACUCAAAAGUAGUUUUUUUAUUGUAAUUUGAGUACCUAAUGUCGAUAAUAUAAUAUUUGAUUUUGACAUGCAUAACAUAAUGUCGUGUUGGACACUUGUUUUAAAUUAUAAAUAAAUACUUCAAAUUCUGUGUUGAUUUCAACAUUAAACCACUAACAAGAUACCUAUAAAUACCUAAUGACUACGAGAUUUCUCUGUUUACGUAAUAUAGUAAGCUACGCUUUUUAAAUGGUAGAAUGUGUACGCUUAAUAAUAUUUUGGUAACAUUAAAAAUUAAUUUGUCAUUUUAUUAAAUACAUAAAAUAUUAAGAUAU